UUGGUCGCGUGCGGUAUUGUGGUACCUUAUCGUCUUCGCGGUAGAUGUAUUAUUUCUUUUUCACGAGACAAUAAAAAAAAAAAAACAUCGCGCGCGUGCUGAGAGUUCGUUUCAUAAAUCAUUAUUAUUAAGUACCUACAACGAUUGAUAAAACUGUGAAAUUAUGGGUUCUAUCAUUUUUUCCGCUGCAGUUGCCCCUAAAGUUUAUUACAAUUUGCCUGUACGGUUCACGUGAUAUCCGGUAAUCACGAAGGAUGUCGUGUGUGGCAGUGGUGAUGGCAGUCGUACUCGCGGUACUCCAAAUUACCGGCGGCCAGCUGCAUCGGCCGCAGAACGAAGAUCCGCUGCAACGGCACGGAGAUGUACAAGGGCAGGUGGACGGCGAAUGGAAGUGCCCGGAAGUGCGAAACGUGUCGUGCGCUUGUGAUCUACCACACACAUUACGCUGCACCGGCGGCAAGUCGACGUUCGAGACUGUGGCCCGGGCGCUCAGAAAUCUGUCCGGCACGUCGUCAAUAUCGCUUCUGGACUGCACCGUGCAGAACGUGGGCUCGCUUCCGGCCAGGAUGCUGGACGGUGUCUCGCUGCACGGGCUGGUCGUGUCGUCCGGCGAGAUCAAGUCCGUUUCAGACGCCGCGUUCGACGGGCUUGGGUCUCCGCUCCAAGCGCUUGGCCUGCCCAAUAACCAGCUCGAGCGGGUACCCAGCUCGGCGCUGGCCAUGCUCAGCGGGCUCGAGAGGCUCGACCUGUCACACAACCGUUUGCACACCAUUCACAACAAUUCGUUCAAGGGAUCGCCGAAUUUGACGUUUUUGGAUUUGAGCAAUAAUUCCAUUCAUUUCAUCAGCCCAGAUGCAUUUGUUAAUCUACCGUUUUUGAAAGUGCUACGUCUCCAAAACAAUUUGCUUACGUCAGCUUCAACUUCCCAUCUCCAAGGGCUUCGGUCGUUGGUCGAUUUAGACCUCAGUUCUAACUUGCUGGCCGGUCAAUUAGGCCCGAGCACAUUGCCUAGGUUGCCGAAUUUACAGGUCAUAUCGCUGGCGCAUAAUCAGCUCAACAGUGUUAGGCGUGGAUCGUUUGCUGGACUCGAGGGCAUAGUGUCGCUUACGCUUAAUCACAACCAGAUCGACGUACUCGAGGAUCAUGGUUUCAGAGCGGUGCCUACAUUGUCCCAUUUGGACUUGGCCAACAAUCGCAUCGUAGCGGUGUCCAGUGCUUCACUCGCACACCUGACCAAACUCAAAACACUCGACUUGUCACACAACUUCCUGAGGAGUUUGACGUCCGAUCUCAUCGUACCGCUAAAGAGUAUCCAAGUUAUAAAGCUCGACGACAACGACAUAUCAAUUGUGGCUGAAGGCGCACUGAACACCGGCAAUCAUAUAACUAGCAUCUCUUUAUCAGACAACCCGUUGAACUGCGACUGUAGUCUAUUGUAUUUCGCCGGUUGGCUGUCCAAUCACAGUGCUACCCACGCGGCCGGCGAUACGGCCGUGUGCGCCACUCCGCCAUCGCUCGAAAACGGCCUGCUCCAGGAUCUUCCCGUAUCCAAGUUGACGUGCGGCGGCGAGGACAGCGUGCCACCGCCCGAAGGUCCUCUCGCCUCGAUGCAGCCGUAUACCGGUACGAAAAUCUCGUUGCGCUCUUACCAGUUCGACGGCAGCCGGAUCAGCCUAGGUUGGACCGUCGUAGCGCCGGUCAUAUCGUACUACUGCAACGCGCUAGUCAUCUACGAGGACGUCGGCAACCACGAAGUACUGCUCGACUCGAAACCGGUCAGGUGCAAUUCGUCCCAGUUGCCCGACGCCAAGAGUCUGACACUGUCGCUAUCGGCUAACGAGUUACAGCCGACGCACAGUUACAGGUAUUGCGUGGUACUGGUGGAGGGAUACGCAAACGACAAAUCGGACGAAUCGGCCAUGGUGCUGGGCUGCAGCGACAUCAUACCUCUGGUGCCGAACGCCAACCAAGUGGUGCAGCCCAACAACCGGGCGGCGGCAACGGGGACCGCGGACCCGCCCGACAUCCAAAACCUGACCACGUCGUAUGUGCCGCCGUCGUCGCUGUUCGUGGCCGUACACCUGUCGGCCGUGCGCCCGGACGCCGGCAAGUGCACGAUAACGGUGUCCGUGUACACGAUGGGCAGGCCCCUGGCCCACCACCGGUUGAACUGCACGGCGCCCUGGACUACGGUCACGGAUCUGCCGGCCGAGCGGUCGUACCAGGUGUGUGCCAGCAUCGGUUCAAAGUUCCCCAAAGACGACGAGGAGACCAUGGUGUGCACGUCCGUGGACGGCGGCGGGGGCGGCAUCGGUGCCGGCGGCGGCGGCGGUGGUGGCCCGGCCGACUGGUUGUUCGCGGCGUUGGGUGCCAAAAGUUACGCGUUCCUGUUGUCGGCCACGUUCACGGCCGUCGUGUUCCUGUUCGUGUUGUUGGCGUACAGGACUGCGUGCCGGGCGUGCAGCAAUAAGAAGUCGACCGGCCGCACGAACGCCGUCCAAACGCACCAGUGCUUUUUGCCAGUGCCACCACCCGACAACGGCACCCACCGGCCCAGGUACGUGAAACUUCAGGCCACCACCGUCCUGUAACAAGCAGUGUGGAUGGUUGCUUCUGCAGUUGACGUCGAACUCGCGGUCAAAGUCAUCCGUCACUCGCUCUUGCGGAACACGUGGCCGCCGAACCGCUCGGAACUUCUCGGAAUAUUAUAAAUGUAUAACGUACUUAGUUUUUAAGUUUGUUUUUGUUUUGUCAAGUCGGCCGAGGAGCUUAUUAUAAUAUUAUUUAAUUAGGUAUAACAGCUAUUCGACGUGCCAUAUUGAAAGUUAACUGAAACCUUUUUUGAGUUUUGACAAAUUCCUCACAUUUUAAAUAUGUCUGUUGAUGUUUACGUUCAGAUUGAUAAUGAAGCAUCACACAGUAAUAUGUGUAUUAUUUUCGACUUGGUUCUUCGACGGAAUUCAUAACGAUUGGCAAGUGGUGAUAAACGUCGAUACUCCUGCAGCUAGUGGCGCAAUUGUAUUAUGUUGGAAAUAUAGCCCUCCCAUAAACUCCACGGUUUCAAAAUUAUAAGUUAUUUUCUAAGUUUGGGAUUUUAGUGCGGGCCACGGGGCUUAGUCCUCGCGAUAAUAUUUCAUUUUUAGUUUCAUCUACGGAAUAAGUCCGAAAAACUAUUUAUUCAUAUUUUAUCAUGUCAUAUAAAAUAUUUUUACGUCUAUCGUGUUUGGUCCGAGGUGUCGUUAAAUGUUUCAAAUUAAUGUUUUUGUAAACUUUUUCCAAUAUCAUUAUCUAAGUUUGAUUCGACAAAAUACAUUUAUUUUUCAAGGAAACGUCGUACCUACGUUUGAAUAAUCGUUAUGAUGUUUGUUUGUCAUCAUCGUCUAUCAUGCUCUAAUAUAAUAUAGGUAGAGGUUUAAUCUGAAUAAACACUCAACAUCCCGAACUUAGUUCACACAUUAUUUUAGGUAGGUAGGUAUUACAAUAUAAGACUGAAAUUUAAUUUAACACUAUUUAACAAUGUUUACUAACAAAAUGUUAAAAAUUUAUUUUAAUAAGUUUAUGGUAUUUAUUAUUAUUAUUUUUAAUCAAUAUUGUAUCAAUAUUUUAUUAAAGUUCAUCUUGAUUUAAUUUCAGUAGGUGCAUGCCUUCUAUUUCUUUAAAGUUACAUUAUAUACUUUUAUUUAUUUUCGUAUACCUAUAACUUUUGUACAUCGCUGUAGCAUAAUUUAACUUGUUUAUUUUUAAUAUUGUAUUGUAUAAUUUGAUUUUUAACACUAUUUUUACUAUAUAUAUAUAUAAUAUAAAUUAUACAUAUAGUAAAAAAUAGUGUUUGAGUGGAAAGAAAGUCAUAUUGUGAUAAUGUUCGAAUGAGUAAUGGUUAGUUAUAUAAAAUACUAACGAUUAUCAUCACUGUAUAUAAAUUUAAUAUUAAAAUAUUUAUAACUGUACAUAAUAUUGGACGAUUAUUGUUGGUUUGUACUUAAUCAUUUAUAUUUAUCAAUUGAAAAUAAAUCUAACCGUUUUUAAUCCUGGUGUAAUCUAUGGCUA